GCAAGAGCAUGAUGGUUGGGAAGUGAGCUGUGAGGGGUGGAUGAGGUGCUGCAAGCUGGAGCUCUGCGAGACAGAGGCUGGUUUUGUGUAUUUAUGAUUCUUUAAUGCAUGGUUGUUGGUUGGAGCAUCACGGUGGUUCAUCCAGAUCUGUUGCUGCUUAUUGCUUUGCAGGGGUUUACAGGGCUCAGGUUUUGUCAGAUGGUGAGUUCCCCACUGUCUUUAAUGAGAUUGGGUGAUUUCAUGGUGAUUUUCGUGCCCAUAAAAUCAGAACAGAUUAGCUGUAUUUUUUACCAAGGAGCAUCUUCAAGAAGAAACCUGGUCCAUGCAUGAAGACCACUCUCUGCUGGAGAAAUGCACAACACAAACAAAGUGUGCAGCUCCCAGGACAGCCCAAAAGGUGACCAGGAGAUGUAGAGGAGACAGAGGAGGAGAGAAGGGAGAGGUGCUUAGAGUAUAUGCCCUGGGGAUGGCUCCUGUGCCAGAGCAGGGGCUGUGCAAAGCAGCUGUUUGUAUGACCCACACGGUGCUGGUGACUCAGUGGCUGAAUCAGAUGAGGAAUGUCCUGGUUCCAUCCUCCAGGAAGGUGCACUGGGGUGAGGCCAGAAUGGCCCAGCCUGUGUUGUUCCCACAGUGUCAGCAGCUCAGGGUGGGAGUUGAUGUGUGGUGGGUGAUUUAUCUGACUCUCAUUGCUGGGAGAAGAGAAACAGCACCCACACUAUGCUUUGAGCCAGCCUCCUGCCCCUUGUACCUCUUCCCAACCUCAUAACACUUCUGUCCCUUUGUCAUCUGCACCCAGACUCUCACCUCUCAGAGCCACAGGUCUCUGCCAGAGUAGAUGUGCCAAUCAUGUUGGAUUCAUACAGGACACAGGGGCUUUCCUGAGAAAUCUGCCUUGGUGGCUCUAUAUUGCCCUAAUUGGGUGGCUUUGCUGUGGGUUCCUAGUCUGGCCCAGCUGUGAGAAUCCCUCUUCACAUUUGCCUCACCUGCUUAUCCCUCAGUUCUGUAAAAACCCAUCAGCUCCAUCACACAUAAUCCAGGUUCCCCAUGGAGCAGGACCUGACUGUAUGUGCUGGCCUGUUAGUUGAGCACAUUGUCUAUUAAACCUACUCCAGCUCAUGGAGAAAUCAUACAGUUCUCAGCAGGUCCUGUGAAUGGCUGUCUAGCAGAGUUUCCUAAACCUUGUGGGAAAUAAACAUCUUCACAGAGAAGAACAGUCUAAAUAGGGAUGGACUAGAAAUUCACCUUUGAAUCAGAACCUCUGUGAUUCAGGAUGGAGCAAGGUGCUCUCAGUCUCUUACUCCUUCUGCCCUCCUCAUCUUUUAACUAUUUUUGCUCCUUCUGUUUAACAAUUAAAAUAUUCUUGCUGCAUCUCUCUGCUGAAUGUCUUGCUAUCACCUUUGUUUCUAUAGGGAAAGGGGAGGUUGAAAACAGACCUGAAGGAAAGUAAUAUGGAGGAAAUUAACUUCUCUGAGCCUUGACUCAUUCAAACUGGGAUGUUGGAUUUCUGCUGUAUAAUUUUGGCUGGGACACUUCUGAGCUAGGCCUGGAUUUGCCUGGAAGGAAACACGAUUUUCUUCUCUUAAGUCUUCUUGCAGAGCAGUUAUUUGUAUAUGUCCAGCAGUGUGGAGUGAAAGGGAGACCUCAGGGAAAACCACAGCUCAUUUACAGCUUAAAUGAAAAUUGAAAAUGAGUUGAAAUCAAGAUGUGCAAGAUUUCAAAUUUUAUCUUUUAUAAACAAACAGCUCUUGCCUGUGGACGAAUGGAUGUAUCAGAGGAUUUAAUCUUUGUAAACAAUGAGAAAAUGCAUCAAAAUACACCCUCAGGCAUGUGUCAGGACCUGGCUUUGGAAAAAUGGUGAAGAAGAGACUGAAGCAACCUAACUGCUGCUAAGAGUUUUAUUGGCACCAGGAGCUCUGUGAAGGAGACAAAUAGGGGCAUUUGAGACCUUUGCUCAUGUAUUUGCUUUUUAUUUAGAGCCAUCAGUUUGAGCACAUAUUGGCCUUGCCCAGGUGGAUAUUUGCAGGGCCUGGGAAGCUGAAUCCACAGCAUGGAGUCUCUCCCUUGCCAGCCUGGCUACCUCUCUCUGGGGUCCAGAGACAGUGCCAAAGGUACUGAAAGGAUGGAAUCUCUGAAUGAUUUGGGCUGGAAGGGACCUUAAAGCCCAGCCAGUCCCACAGUCCCACUUCUGCUGUGGGCAGGGGCACCUUCCACUAGACCAAGUCGCUCCAAGCCCUGUCCAACCUGGUCUUGGACAUUUCCUGGAAUGGGGCAGCCACAGCUGCUCUGGGCAACCUGUGCCAGGACCUAACCAACCUCAUGGGGAAGAGUAUCUUCCCAAUAUCCCAUCUAACCCUGUCCUCUGGCAGUGGGAAGUUAUUUCUCCUUGUCUUGUCACUCCAGGCCCUUGUUUGAAAUCCCUCUCCAGCUCUCUUGGAGCCCUUCCAGGCACUGGCAGGAACUGUAAAGUCUCCCUGGAUCCUUCUUUUCUCCAGGUGAGUACUCCCAGACUGGCUCAGAGCAGAGGGGCUCUAGCCCUCAGAGCAUCUCGUGGCUGUAUCUGGACUUGCUCCAACUGGUCCGUGUCUUUUCUGUGCUGAGGACUCCAAACUUGGAUGCAAAGCAGAGAAAAAACAAAAUGGACCUUGCUUUAAAGCCCUUGAACCAGGGUAUUUUCAGGUUGUUCUGUUACAUUUGUUAGUGAGGCCCUUUUGGCUGUGCAGUUUUUACAUCCAUUUAUUUUCCUUAGUUGUGAUUUCCUUUCUUUACCUGGUGAAAUCCUGCUUCAUCUUUAGGUGCAUUUAGAGGAUUUGCCACUAGUGCCUCUUUCACAGGUCUGUUAUUGCUCAUCUUAUCUCUACUUGGACAGGAGUUUGGUAGGGAACAGAAGACCCUAAGAAUAGACUUGGAACUUGUUGAAGGAAUUUGGAGGCUUAUGGGUAAGGUGAACCCACAGGGAUCAUCCACUGGAUUUCCCAAAGGUAUUUGUCAAGGUCCCUCAGCAAAGGUUUCUGAAAGAAGGAAGCAGCCCUGGAACAAGUGGGGGAUCCUCAUGGGAAAUUAUUUGUUAAAAGGUAAAGAACAGAAGGGAAGACAGAAGAGACUGGGUAAUAAAAAAGAUGAAAUUUAAAUGGACAUAAAGACAAAAUGGUGUACAGGGAGAAAAACCAAUUUUAACUCUAUUUAUAAAACAACGGGUUCCAAGUUGUGUUACUAUCUGAAACGUCGGGUUUGUUACAGAUUGUGCUGUGAAAAUGUCAGUUCUGUGGUCAGCAACCAUCCAGAGUAAACCGUGUGUGUCAGUUGCUGGGGGAAAACAGAGCAAAACAACCCCUGCUCCCUCCAGCUGCAGGCAUCUGGGGAAGCUGAGGAUACCUGGAGCUUUGAGGUGUUUUGGGUGGGAAGGGACAUUCCAGGAGGAUGUGGGGCUGUGCAGGGCUGCUCUCACCCAGCCCCGGAGGGUAAAGGAGAAGGGAGAGGGAGCUCUGUGCAGUCCCUCCUCUGCCUCGAGGAGAUAACCAUCGACACUUUGCCAUUUUCCAAGGAGUCACUUCGGGGGCUGCCAACAGCCCCAUCUCCUGCAUCGUCUGUGAAAGCUGGUGUGCUGACCUCUGCUAGCAAAAAAUAAAGUAGAAUUUAUAAAGCUUUUUUUGAUAUGUAAGCUGGGAAGAUCCCCUUGGGGGCUGGUAGCUGCUGAGUUGGAGAGAUUAAGUGGCAGAGAAGCACUGCAGUGUCAAUUCCUACCUGGAAUGCUGCAAGUCCCAGCAGGCGCCAGGCUGGGUGUCUUGCUCUGACCCACCAAAGUGGGACAAAGGGAGAGGCAGAAUAUCUACCGCAAACCCCACCAGGCUGGUGAUCAGGUUCUGGGGCUCAGGUCCUGGUGCCCUUCCCAAGCAGGUCCUGGGUGCCAGUUAUUUUCUCUAAAAUUAAAAACAACUUCUUUGUGAAGACUGGAAAAUCCAGAGAAAAUCUCUGUUGGUGUCUGGGGCUGGUAUUUACCAAGGCUGUUGUGGAGGAAGGAAUUGCUGUUCCUAGUGCCCUGCCUGGAUCACAGCACUGCUCCUGCUGCUCAGUGAGUGCUGAGCUUGGGGUCCUUUCACCAACUCAUUUAUUGUUUUCCAAUAAAGCCCCACUGGCUGCCCUGAAUUGUGCUCCCACUUCUAGCCUCCAACACAUCUCUGAGUAGCUGUUCCAGUGCUCUUUCCAGACUUGAAAUCAGGGUUAUGGGUUCACAUCUCCCACACACACAUGAGGUCAAGCCUUAGUACUCAGCAAUUAAUCUGACAUCCCCUCAGUUGUUGAAGGUUUACAGUGGCACUGAUUUCCUUUUCCCAGCUUUUCCCAAGCUUGCUUAGCAGUGCCCCUGGGAUGGAAAAUACCUGUUGCUCUGCUCCCACCUUGGCUGAGAUAACAGCAGCUGAAAUAGAAGGAAGAUCUCUGUGCAUUUGGUUGUGCAUCUAAUUAGAGCAGUGCAAAGCCUUCAUCCUGUUUGAAACCCUGCAGCUUCCCACUGCUUAUCCCUUGUCCCCUGGGGCUGCCUGUGAGGAGCACUGAAGGAGUGGGACUUAACCAUGUCAUGCUUCAGUUGGUGCCAUAAUUGCCCAGGGCUCUUUCAUCUGCCCUCUGUAAUUGGGAUCACUUCAUCCCUGGCUUCAUCCUCCCUAAUCCUGCAGGUAACCCUUCAGCUUGCUGUUCCCCACAGUAGAGGAUUGCUGCUCACCUUUCAAAAAACACCCCUUCCCCAGGGUAAGGAGAAGCAGCAUCAGGAUCUUCCUUCACAUCCAGCACCUUCUCUGGACCUCACAUCCUCCUCCUCCCGUGCCCUUCCUACACCCCCCACCUUCUCUAGAAACCCAAAAGUUCCAUCACUUCAACCACCACGAGUGAAUUCAGAACUGUUUUGGAGAAAAGGCUUGGGAUAAUACCCAAAGCUUUGUUUUGUCAGUGCAAUGGCAGUGCAGGACACUGGGGGAGGGACAUGGACUGAGAGAGUAAAUAGUGAAGGUACAGGGGUCUUUCCUCUGUCCAGAUGCAGCACUGGCAUGUGGGCACUGGGAGGGGACACCAGAGCCCAAGUAGUGGUCCCAGCCACCAGCACCACAGGGACCAGGGACCUCAGGUCUCCUCUCUCUGCUGACUCAGUGGGGGAGACAAAGCUGCCAUGAUGUGAAUGGGAGAGGUGGGGCUGCGGUGCUGUAAUGCCACAUCUAGGGUGGUAUUCAUGCACCCUGUGGCCCCCUGAAGGGUCACCUCCUUGAGUGGCAAGCUGAGCACUGCCUGUUCAGCCAUUUUCCUGUUGAACACAGGGAAGGAGCAUGGUGAGAGAGCAGAGUGAGAUCCUUCUUUUGAGUCCAGGACCUCCAGCACAUCUGGACACAAGGCUGGCAGAGGUGUCACAUCUGAUGGGUGAGGGAGGAGAAGGCCUUGUCCAUCACUGUGGCACAUUUCUGGAACAGUAAGGGAGCCCAUGCUGGAAUUGCCCCCCAAGGGGACACUCACACAGUUUGGGAGGAUGCCAAACACGUGGUGACACAGGAACACUUUUGGAUUUCUUCCUGUAAGCUUAGAGUUGAGUUUGCAGCUCUCUGCUGCUGAAAGGGAAUGUGUUACCUCCAUCCCUGUUCUCCUGAAAAGGAGCACAUGCUGAGAAGGGCAUUGCUAAUGAAUUCCCUCUGCCAUUUCCCAGGAGAACUGGGUCAUCUCAUCCCCACGACCAGCACCUCCUUGCAAAGUCAUGGAAUUGUAAAUCCAGCAGAAGCUGUCAGGACCUUUAGGACACUAAUUAGCUUUUAUGGAUCUCACCUGGGACUUCCCUCUAUCCACAUGGACCCAGGAGCCACUUGAGCUCAGCCCUGGGUGUGUAGACUGUCACUGAUCUGUGUUGUGGGAGCUCCACAGUGCCUGGCUUGACCUGGCCCCAGGCCCUCCUCCUCCUCACUAUGGACCUUCCAGGACUAUGUCUGACCCUGGUUACCCCCACCAGACCUCACCCCAACCUACUGUGCCCCAGACCCUGACAGUAUCCCUGUGUUAAUACAGAACCUGGAGGAAUCCCUGUUGGCUGCAGGCAAGGGACAAGAAGGAGCAGCACAACCCUGUGCCUUGGAGCUCUCUGAUCAAAUGCUUCCAGUUUCACCUGUGAGCCCUGGGCUCACAGUCUGUGUCCCAGGUCCCCACUGUCUGUGUCCCUGGCAUGGCUGGUCACAGCUCCAUCCCAUCAAUGGAAAAGGAGGAGCUCAUGGGGAACAUGAUUAUCCAUAGAAGGUUUGGGUGUAGUAAUCAGGAAGUAGUGGUCUGCAAAAUCUCAAAGGGAGUGGAAAAGGUGAGAAGUGAUAGACAGGCUCUGGUGCUCAUGCUGUGCAGUAAGUGAGAUCCUCUGGGAGGCUGCUCUGGAAAAUGAAGGAGCUGGGCAGAGCUGGCAGGUCCUUAAGGACAGGAUCCUCAGAUUGUCCAUCCUGAUAAUCAGGUGCACAGGUACACGUAUUGGGAGAUGGGUUUGAGCUGAACUGGAAAUGAAGCUCGUGGCUGAGCUCCAGUGCGAAAAGGCAGCAUGGAGAAGGUGGACGGAGAGAUCUGGGAAUGGGGAUCAGUUCACCUCAGUGGUGGGUCAGUCCCAUCUCCCGCGGCCCGAGCACUAGGAUGCCCCACGCUGGCACAAGCGGAGGACGGAGUGUGCCAGCCCGGGGCGGGGCCGGGGGUGGAGCGAGGUCCCGCCCCCGCGGGUAUAACCGGGAGCGGCGGCGGCGGGCGCGGGUCCCGCGGCGGCGAUGGCGCUGUGGUGCCUCCUGCUGCUGCUCUGCGGAGCCGCGCUGGGACCUGCCGUCCACCUCGACUUAGCUGAGCAUCGCAGUCAGGCCGCCAAGAUCAAGGUCAACCCCCGCGGCAACCUCUGGGCCACAGGUCACUUCAUGGGGAAGAAGAGCAUCACAGGCUCCCCACACCUGGAGACUCCGGAGGAGCCUGAAGUGCCAAUGGUUUUCAGUCCCUCUCUACGAGCCUUGAUGGAGGACAUUAUGGAACUGCUGACCCGGGAGCUCCUGAAAAUCCUCUUGCAAGAAAGGCUAUUGGAUGAGAACCAAGGGAAAUACGACCUCACUGACCAGGAGACUGGGCUUUUAGCCAAGGUGCUGGAGAAGUACUUUUCAAACUGAAGAGGUGCAGCUGGGAAGGAUGAGGAUGAGGUCUGCAAGGUCGGCUGUGGGUGAUGAACAGAGGAGAGCAUCGUCCUUGUGGGUUUCUACAGCAACAUCACUUUUAUUUAUUCUUUCUGAAAUAUUGUUAAUAGUGAUGGUGUGUGUGAAAAGUGGAGCCUCCCUGUAUAGUUCCUGUAUGUUUUGUUUUCUUGAUGUCUGAUGUGCCUGAAUAAAACUGGCUCUUUGCA